GUGGAAGUGGGGUACCGGAAGCGGCGUUGCCAUGGACCCCGCGGAGGACUGGCUGGUGGAAUCCUUGCGCUUGUACCAAGAUUUCCAUGCAUUCGAUCUUUCGGGAGCCACUCGAGUCCUUGAAUGGAUUGGUGACAAAGGAGUCUUUGUUGCUGGCUAUGAAAGCCUGAAAAAAAAUGAGAUUCUUCAUCUGAUACUACCUCUCAGACUUUCUGUAAAAGAAAACCAGGGCUUAUGCCCAGAAAGAGAUUUCAAGGUGUGCCACGGAGGAUUUUCAGACACGUCUGUCUUUGAUCUGAAGCACGUGCCAGACACCAGGUUGCUGGUAACCACUGGUCUUCCGGGUUCUUACCUGCAUGUGUGGCAGGUCACAGAGGACAGUGAUGUCAUUCAAGCCGUCAGCACCAUUGCUGUGCAGGAGAAGGAGGGCAGUCGUUGGCCCAGGGUGGCUAUCUUCUCUUCGAUGGCACCCGGAGUCCUCCACGGGGUGAGGCUCAGCAGUCUGAAGGUUAUGGAUCUGGAAUCCCAGAAGACCACAUACACCUCAGGAGUCAGUGACAGUGAGGAGCUAAGUAGCCUGCAGGUCCUGGAUGCAGACACCUUUGCCUUCUGCUGCUCCUCAGGCCGGCUGGGGCUUGUCGACAUCCGCCAGAAGUGGGCGCCAUCAGAGAAUGUCAGCCCCAGCCCUGGGGCUGCUGGAGGGAGGUGGUGUGCUGAAGUUGGGGGCCGGGGUCCUGGGCCCAGCAUUGCCAGCCUUGGCUCAGACGGGCAGCUCUGUCUUCUUGAUCCCCGGAAUCUCUGCCAUCCUGUGAGUUCCGUCCAGUGCUCAGUGUCUGCACCCAGCCCCGACCCAGAGCUGCUGCGAGUGACCUGGGCGCCAGGCCUGGACAGCUGCUUGGCCAUUUCAGGUUUUGAUGGGACAGUCCAGGUCUAUGAUGCUACAUCUUGGGAUGGAGUGGGGAACCAAGUAGAACCUGUCUUCACUCACAGAGGUCACAUCUUCCUGGAGGGCAGCCAGAUAGACACUGCUCCACUGGUCACUACCCACACCUGGCACCCCCACAAACCACGGACUCUCCUAUCGGCAGCAAGCGACGCCUCUCUGCACGUGUGGGACUGGGUGGGCCUCCGCGCGGCCUGCUGACUCCAGCGGCUUCCUGCCCAGGCCUCGACGAAGAGGAGGAGCUGCUGUAGAACCAAGGUAUCGACUUAGGCCCCUGUUACCAGCCAAGUGGCCUUGGGCAAGUCAGCCAGCUUCUGCCCCCAGCUUCUUUAUUUGUAAAAUGAACAUAGUAAGAGCUACCUCUCAGGGCUGUUGGGAAAGUUAGAAGGGAUGGAUUAAAAAACAGGAUGCAUAGCACAAUAAAUACUUGGUAGCCCCUGUUAGACCCGGGAGCCCCAUCUCCCCCCAAGUGUAGAAUGACAGUGUUUUAUUCCUGUCUGUAUUCACAAUAUCAGAGUGAAAAAAACAACAACAAAUGUUGUAAAGGCGUUUUGUGAACUUUUUUACAGAACUCGAAACGUACAAGGGCCAGUAAACGUGAAAAAGGUCGACCCCAGUAGCAGUGAAGGAAAUAACAAUUAAAACAAGAUUGUGCCCUUUUCUUAUCUACCAAGUUGCCAAAUUUAAAACAUUAAUGCUUUGGACAGCUGAUGACGGUGGCCUGAUGACCCAGUUCAGGAAGCACAAAAGUAGCAGUGUGGUUCCUGCCCCCAGCGGUACAUGGGCUGGACCGGUGUUCAGUCGAACCAUAAUUUGUACAUCCAGUCUCCUUUUAAAUGGCACUGAAAAUGUUCUAAUCUUUCGCUCUUACAAGUAGUGUGAACAACGUUUGUAUCCAUGAACAAAAGCCUGUAGGAUAAAUUUCUAAAAUUAAAAUUGCUAAGGCAGAGGAUCCAUGCAUUUUUAGGUUCUAUAAAUACGGCCAGUGAGCCUUCCCCGGAGACUGUGCCCUUUGUGAUGGCAGCAGGGAUGGGUCUGCCUGUCUUUCUUUCCUCACCAGCCAAGUCUCCCUAGUGGCUUUUUGGCCUUUGCCAGUCUGAUAAGUGAAAAAUCAUGACUUGUAGUUUUCUACUUGUAGUUUUUUACUUCUUGGAUGUGUGAAAUUGAGACCCCUCAUGUAUUUAAACAUUUGGGGGCAAAUAUUUCUCAAGACGAGAAUAGCUGGGGUGGGGAGAUAGGCGUUCUCACCCGCUCCACCUGCCGCAGAGAUUAGACGGCCCCUCUCUCGGGUGGUUCGUCCUGGGACACAACACCUGCGCCAGGGUGGUGCUUUCCCACACCUGCCCCUGUCCUCCCAGGGGAGUAGACCCAACGGACAUCUCUUUUUGGUGGCCCACAGCAAAUAUUAAAGUGUACCUGCAUUCCUGUUACAUAGAAUUUCUCACUGGCACACUUGUUAAGGAAUUUUCAGCAAGUUUGCUUUUGAAAUUAUUUGACGACUUGUCAGUUUGGGCUCUGAGUUCUUAAAAAAUAAUUUUAUUGAGAUAUUCACAUACCAUACAACUCACCCAUUGGAAGUGUACGAUUUGGUGGUUUGGGUAUGUUAUUAAUU